AUGAUGAAGCUGUUCCCCGAGCAAGGCGCGGGGGAGCGGAAGGCCCCGGAGCCGACAGAGGAGCAGGUCGACGACACCGCCGACGGCCUGAUGGGCGACAUCCUCUCGAAGCUCGCCGGCGGCGAGGGCAAGCCCGUCGACGAGUCGCAGGGCCAGGCGAUCGUGGACGGCAUCAUGCGGCAGCUUCUGUCCCGCGACGUGCUCCUGGAGCCGCUGCGCGAGAUCGGGGCCAAGUAUCCGCGGUGGCUGGCCACGAACGCCGAGAAAGUCCCCCGGGGGGAGUUGGACCGGUACCGCCGUCAGCACAAGCUGAUCCAGGACAUCUGCGCGCUGUACGAGGAGCAGGAGCGCGCCGAGCAGCGCCGCCGCGGGGCCGCGGGGGGGUCUAUUGGCGACGAGGAGGAGGACUAUUUCCCGCGGCUGAUGGAGCUCUUUCAGGACAUGCAGGACUGCGGGCAGCCACCCGCGGAGAUCGCGAAGGACCUGGGGGAGCUAGACGGGGAGGAUCCCGGCGGCGGAGCGCCCGGCGGAUGCCCGAUGCAGUAG